AUGCAGCAUGCCACGGCGCAUGGUGCAUCAGGCAUCUCGGAUCCACCUGUCUUGACAACACCUGCACCUUUACCUCUAGAACAUCUCCCUUCGGCUGUUCCUUCUGGAGACUCGAGCGAUACCUCUUCCUCCAACCCGAAACACCUCAGACUGUCCACCAGUGACACAUCGACCGCCGCGAAUAAUCCGUCAGCGGACCAUGGCGAAGUGUCGCCCACGACAUCUGCCAUUUCAAGUCAUGGGGGAUCGCAAGCAACAGAAACUCUUUCACAGCAGGAGGAGAGGCUGAACGCGGAAACUGCUCGCGACGAAGGAGCUCGGCGGGAAAAGAACGACUCAACCUCUCAGAGUCCUCCAUCAAACGCCUCCUCGGGUCUCAAACGAACCGCAAGUGGUGAGGUCAAGAGGUCCAGUGUGGAUCCGAUGGAAGAGGGUAUUCCCAGAUCGAACGGUGUCGGUCAUUCCCAUACGUCGAGCACUGUUUCAACCCAGCCAAAGGGCAAUGUCCUCGAGCUUUCACAGCAGUUGCGCACCAAACUGAAAUAUGCCAUGGUCAAAGUCCAGAACGGUUGGCAAACACGUUCUCUGGACGAGGUUGAGUCCUUGGCCUCCCAAUCCCCACGGUCAACCGUGUCUGGAUUUCAAAAUCUACAUGACCAGCAGUUGCUUUCGCCCAGGACUGCCAUGUCGAGAAAAUACCAGCGCGAGUCGAGCGAGAGCGAAUCGUCCGACAGCACUGUGGCUCUCGAAAGCCGCGGGUUGGUGAACGUGGUUGGCAGUCCUCCGAUCCCGUCGCGUCGCGCUCUGGCUCCACCCGCAGAUAUUGUUCCAGGUUCUCGCCGGCGCCCGACUCCAAACGCGGCAUUUCAGAGCGUCAACGGAAUCCACGUCCAGACCCGAAACUUGCAUUCGGCGAGGCCGCAUACGAACCAACGAACCCCGAGUCAGAAUGCCGCGAUGGAAGCAGACGCGGUAGAAACGCUUCUUUUCAUGGCCAGCCCCAGCAAUUCAGGAUACAACCCACCCUCGCACGCUUCGCAGGAUUCUUCCCUCCGCUCCGCGCAGCUGUUCUCAUCACAGACCUCACCACUGCGAACUCAGUUCAGCCAGACGUCGGUGACGUCUCCGAAGAAAGUGGUGUUUUCCGAGGCCGGCUCCACAGAACCUUCGUUUGACAAGGCAGCCCUCAUUGACCGCAUGCUGGACGAGUUAUCUGACGACAGCGACGAUGAAUUAGAGCAAGCAUUUCGACUUGCUGAAAAGAGCAAAAUCUCCGCGCCGGUCUCUACGUGA